CCAUGUCCACUACCCUUAUCAGACAUGUGUCAUGUUCCAAAAGCCUUUCCCUUCAAUUAUCUCCGCCCCUUAUAUAAUAUUCCUUUCUCUUACAAAAAAAAAAAAAGUUAGCCAAACUUCAAAAACCCUUUCAAGAUACAAAUUUAAAAUUGCAGAACAUAAGAAAGAAACCUUCUCUUUUUGGAUUUUGUGUUUUGAUGUUUUAUGGUAGCUGAAUCUUUAUUAAUGGAGACAAAGUUUGGAGAAAAUGAGGAUGUGGAAGAGGUCGAGCUCGAGCUAUGUCUUUCUCUCGGAGGUCCUUUCAAGAAAAUAGAGAAAUCUAAACCAAUAGGACGAUUUAAUGCCCUCGGAUGCGCGAAGGAUAACGGCGUUAAUCUUGAAGGCGGGACGACGACGAAUGUGACGAGUAGAAAGGAAACACGGAAGAAGCGGGAGGCGAAGCUGCAGCAAAGAAGCGGAGUGUGCAAGAAGAUCAGAACAGAAUGUAACGGAGUCACUAACGGCGUGGAUUUGGAUUUGAGCUUUAGCAAAAUGGGUUACGGUUAUGGGUCGAGUCAACUCAAGGAUAUAAGCAAAGACGUUACGAUUGGGUCACCCAUUUGCACUUCCUCCGACGUAUCCGAUCCUAGUAGCUCUUCUCGUCAAGAAGGUGGAAGUUGCGACUUUGGGGCACAAUCUGACCAAACCGAACCGGUUAACAACAUGCAGAGCAGGACGGAGGAAACUGUGCACAGCACAGACGGUUCAAAGGAUGCGGUGGUAGUGGAGACCACCCAAGAGUGGUCCAACUCUGUAACCAAAAACAGCAACACUGGGAAGCCGCCAAAACCGCAUACCAACAGUAACGGUAACGGUAGUAUGCUUCCGUUUGCUCAGAUGCCUUGUGUGACUAGCACGGGUAACGGUCCCGACGGCAAAACCGUGAAUGGGUUUCUAUACCGUUACUCGAAAUCAGAGAUCAGUAUAAUCUGCGUUUGCCAUGGAACGUCUUUCUCACCUGCUGAGUUCAUCGCUCACGCCGGUGGGACUAAUGUGUCACAUCCGUUGAGGCAUAUAACCGUUAUUCCCUCAACAUUUUGAACUACAAUUUUCAUCUUUUGCUUACCUAGUUUUGUGUGUUUUGUGUAUAUAUACGUUUAGCUGAUGGAUGUUUUGAGUUCGAAGGGACUCUCUUUCAGUGAUUUCUUAGGUUUUUCCAACUGAUUUAACACUUCAAAUUUGUUGCCUUAA